CAUCCUAGGAAUUAUUAAUUAAUCAGUGAGCAUUUUUCUACAAUUGAUAUAUUUUGAAAAAGUUCCUGGAGGAUAAUACUCGCAUUAUUGCCUAGCAUGCAGUUUCCGUAGUUUUCCGUACAUAUUCGGAAACCUUCGGUUAUCAACAAAGUGACAAGAUGGCGACGCCUGAGUUGGUGCAGUGGUGCUGCAGGGAACUUUCUAAACUCCUACAGAUCGAGGCGUCCGAGGACAUUGCCAGCUACAUGUUAUCCAUGGAGAGCAGCCGUGACCUGGAAGACUACCUGUUGGAGUUGCUGGAUGGAUCCGACCCCAAGAAUAGAAAGUUUCUGGACGAGUUAUUGAAAAGAUGGAAACCUGCUGUCAAACAACCAGAGGUUCCAGAAAAUGUCACAGUUUACAAGAAGUCUUCAGGGGCAGACGAGCAAUCCGGUAUUCUGGAGAAGAAGAAAAAGAAGAAGCCAAAGGAGAAGCAGAAGUACACAGGAGUGUCUGCUGGUCCAGCAGAUGAGGAGGAGGAAGAAAACCAGCCUCCCACCACCGGUCUCCACUUCCAGAAGCCCAGUAGUGGGAAGACCAAAUGGAAGAGUCUAUAUGGAGAGGAUGGGGAGGACCAUCUGACAGCAGUGAUGUUACCAGGGAGACAUCCCUGUGAGUGUUUAGGACAGAAACACAGACUUGUCAACAACUGUCUGACCUGCGGGAGGAUCGUCUGUGAGCAGGAAGGCUCAGGGCCAUGUCUCUUCUGUGGAGCUUUGGUUUGCACCAAGGAAGAGAUGGAGGUUCUGUCCAGGAAUUCCAACAAGAGCGAGCGAUUACGGAGAAAGCUGCUAGGGGGCCUGGAUGAACAGGGAGGGCGGAGACUACUGCCUCAUGAGGAGGCCCGCUUGCUGGAGGGGAAGGACAAAGCAGAGGCUCAUAAGAACAAGCUGUUGGAGUAUGAUAGAACAAGCGCCAAACGUACUCAGGUCCUUGAUGACGAGGCAGACUACUUCAGUGUGGAAAACCAGUGGUUGUCCAAGGAGGAGCGAGAAGCUUUAAAAAAGCGAGAAGACGAGCUUCGCGAGCAGCGGUUUGGUUCACGAUUGAACAAGAAAGUCACGCUGGACUUUGCUGGAAGACGGGUUAUCGAGGAUGACUCGGUGGUUGAUGUGUACAACAGGGAGGAUGAAGUUGUACAAAGAACAAACUUUGGGGUGAACAGGAAGGGAAAGGGUGGUGCAACACAGGAGGGCCACAGUGGCAUUGUCAAUCCUAAUAUCAAAAUACAACCUCCAAAGUUUGUCCCAGCAGCAGAGUCAGAAGGGAGGAGACCUCCUGCUCCGCUGAGUUCCCAGGGUGAUGACAGGGAGAAGCACAGGACCAACAUGAGGAUCCAGGAUAGGGAGCUACAGGAGAUGAGAGAUGACGGCAUGUGUCUCAGCAUGCACCAGCCGUGGGCAUCACUGCUGGUCCUCGGCAUCAAAAAGCACGAGGGGAGGACCUGGUACUCGCCACACCGCGGCCGACUCUGGAUAGCAGCAGCCAGCAAGCAGCCGUCCCAGGAGGAAGUGGCUGAGGUGGAGAACGCACAUCGCAUCAUCGCAAACGAGCCUAACCUCCAGUUCCCCAAAGAGUACCCUGUGGCAUGCCUGUUGGGGUGUGUGGACGUAGCUGAUGUUCUACCACAGGAGGAGUACAGGGAACAGUACCCAGAUGGGGAGUCAGGAUCAGAUUUUGUCUUCAUCUGUGAGAACUUCCAAGAGCUCAUCAUCAAGUUUCCCAUCAAGGGGAAGCACAAGAUCUGGAGACUGGAUCCUACCACUCACAAGGCAGCCAAGAAGGGGCUGAGGCCAGUCGUCAGGAAGGUCUUCUAAACAAAGCCAUUGUCUCCAGACCGCCUGCCGUCUGUGAGCGUGGAUUGGAGCACAGUUGUAGAAGGAUUUUCAGAAGCAAUGUGGGGGACAAUGUAUGUAUGUGCAUUCCCACAUAGAAUACAGUGUUGGCCACAACAUUGCAUUUGCCUGUUUGGGAACUGAGAAGACAUCAAGUAAUACGCAUACCGGUAUGUGCUGUUGCAGAAUGAAAAGUGCAAUCGGUGAUUGUGUAAGCUAAGGAAUGUUCCACCUUAACAUGCCAAUGGAGGUUAUAGAAAUUUCUGCCACUUGAAAUGUAGUUAUAACUCUAGGCUGAACAUCUGCUGAAGUUCCUUGAUUGAAGGUUUGUUGAAUACAGGCUUGGUAAGGAUUAAUAAGAUGGCUUGUUCAUAAAUGAAUACUGGUACUGCAGAUGAAUUCCCACUAGUGCCACUCAAGCACUUAGUUAGUGUCUGGAUAAGAGAUUGCUAAUACUUGGUCAAACUUUGAUGAUGGCACUAUAUAGCUAAAAAUUAAUGGCAGAUUCUCCAGGUUACGUUGACCCGUCUGCCGUAGGAGUUGGUGAUUAGAUGCACCAUGGUUCAAUACAAAGACAAUCCUGUUGUCAAAGUUGAAGAUGAGCAGAUCGAUAUGACUUACCUGUGAAGAGACAGAUGGCAUCUUGUGAAAGCUUACAUCACAUAGAUGGGUACUAAAUAUAUAUAUUGAUGAUAUCCAAUGUGACAUUGGUGACUAAGGUCAAUAUUAAAGAUAUUGAUGCUUGCCUCAUUGACAUUA